CAACUUUCAAAUCAAUAAAAAUGGCCGCGCCCAUCUGAUGCAAUGCUUUGAAAGUUAGCUCCGCUUAUACCUUAUUGUAGAGAUAAAUGCCGAGAUUGAUUGCACGUGUGUCAACUGCCAUUAGAUUUUUCCAACAUUUUCAGGUCAUACGAAGGAGGAACAUGAAUCUCACAUGUGAAAAAGUCGUCAAACUGGGUGAAAACGGUAACCAGAAACCAGUAGAGCUUGCAGCAGAAAGCCUGUUAAAUGGACAUAUUAUUGCUGUACCAACAGACACUAUAUAUGGGAUAGCUGGUCUAGCCCAGAAUUCUGAUGCUAUCGGCAGGAUAUACAACAUCAAGAGACGAGAUCUCAGGAACCCCAUUGCUAUCAGUGUAGGCACUGUACAGGACUUUUACAAAUGGAGUAAGGUUGUUGUGCCAGCGGAACUGCUGGAGGACCUGUUGCCUGGACCAGUGACUGUAGUCCUGCAGCGGUCCGAUCAGCUCAACCCAGAUCUUAAUCCUGGAACAGACCUUGUAGGCAUCCGCAUACCUAAUCAUCCUUUCAUCAUUAACCUGGCUCAGAAAUGCGGGGGACCAAUAGCUUUGACAAGUGCCAACAUAUCAUCUACAAAAAGUACUCUAAACGUUCAGGAAUUCCAUGAAUUGUGGCCUCAAUUGGACCUUAUAUGUGAUGGUGGCCAAUUAGGGGACACAGAAUUUUCUAGACGAGGGUCCACAGUUGUUGAUCUUUCAGUCAGAGGAAAAUACAAAAUAAUCAGGGACGGAAGUGCAAAGAAAGAGACAGUAGAGCUGCUAGAAGAAAAGUACAGUCUUGUGGAACAGACUUGAUGAUGGAAACACAUAGAAACACUCAAAUAUUAUCUGUGAUACUCAGGCAGUCUUAGGAUAGUGCAAAACCAACAUGACAUAUUGAGGGAACAUUAUGGGUCUACUGGGGGAACAUCAUGGGUCUUUUAACAUGUAACAGUCUAUCACCUUAUAUAUUGUUUUAAGCACACAUAUAAAUGUAAAACGUUAGACAGUUGUGUUAUGCACAAGAUAAGUUUUGAACGUUGAAGCCUCUACCACAGCUCUUUUUCAAGAAGUCUUUUUCUGGAAGUUAGACAUUCACUUGAGUGAGAGAGCAUUUAAUUUUUUGGCUGCACAGAAUGGUGGUUACUAUACUAUUUAUUGUUAUGAGGUAAUGUGACAAUGGAGACUUUUUAAUUACACCACUGUAAUAAUUCUACAUUUCAACCAUUCACAAGUUCUUCAUUAGUGAUACAUGAUAAAAUGAAGCAAAAUCAUUCACUGAAAUGAUAAGAAAUGGUGUUGUUUUUUGUCACCUUACUAAAUAUUCUAAAAAUAGAAUAAUAUACAUGUAGUAAGAUGUUUGUAUAUAAGUAACAGAAAAGAAUUUUAAUACAAAAUAUCUGGAC